CGACAUGUGGACAGUGAUGAUGGUAUAGAGUGCUUGCCGAUAUCCCCGAACUUAACUAGAGUUACCGUACCGACAAUAUCAACAAUAUUGGAGGCAUCAGUAGAGAGGAACGGAUAAACUACCUAGGUUAAACAUGCUGUUCUGACAUUGAAGAAAAACAAGAGACAACUCUAAAACUUAAAAAGAUGUGGAGGAAAUUGGAAUUAUACUUUUAAAACGUGAAGCGAAUCUACAAGCAAGCGCUAUCCUGAAAUCUAAAAGCAUUUUGGUAUUUCAACAAAACUAAAAUAAACACUUCUCUUUCAACUAAUAGCAUUAGGACGUGAAAGAAUUAGAUGAACUCGUAAAGUGUUAACGCUAUCGGCUUCGAAAGCUGUUUUUUUUCUGAUAAAACCACAUAGCUGGCGGACAAGCUCAUUUGGUGAACAAUCCACGAAGGACAUUAAUCCUUCACGGAUUUGUUAUAACGCUUCCUCGUCAUGUCGACUCAACUGAGAUGUCUUUGACACUGAACAUUAUCUCACUACAGCAAAAUUGCGCGUCUUCGCUAUCUUUAAACAUAAAGAGGUGAUCAUCUUUCGAGAGGAGUCGUUGGCGUUGUAUUGUAUACGAAGAUAUACCAAUAGCUUACAAGAUUAAGGUCCUAUAGAUGUUUCUAUCUAUCGAAAAAUCCCAGCCGGUAUAAAGUAUUAGGAAUAAGCUGAGAAUCUUAUCGCACUAUAGUCCUUCAUUAGCCCUUCAUUUUUAUCAACUUCCCGUGACACAAAAACGUUCAUCAGCUCCGAAUAGAUAAUUACGAAAGAUAGAAUACCAUGCCCGACUGGAAGGCAAUUGAUUGUAAGCUGUGAUUACCGUGGUAACAGACUGCUUUUGUGAUUUGUUUAUAUUUGGAACAUUGUUGUGAUCGUGCUGAUUACGAACUGGAUAUAACAACUGUAGGAUGUAGUAUCAAUGUCUUUUCAUAAACUCCUCGUAUCUCGAGUGUGUAGGAAGGUGUUCCACAGACUUCCAUAAGAUCCACGUCUGAUUCAACGCGGAUACGUAAUUAUUUGACAGAUACAUACAGUUACGUGACUUCCGAUAUCGCUUCAGUCAGUGUCCAGUAUAUUUAUAAUAGGAUAAAAUAUACCAGGAGGAUGCCUCUUGUUUCCGAACUGCCGCCCCAGUUGGCCCUUAACCUGUCAGCGGGGAACGCGUCCGAUUUGUCAGGGCCUAAAGGUUAUGACCUACCUCACCUCAUCGUUACUGUUAUCAUCGUCUCAAUUAUCAUCAUCCUCAUCAUCUUUGGAAACCUCCUGGUCGUUGUCGCCGUGUUUACGGAUCGAAACCUGAAGACCAUCCAGAACUGGUUUAUAGCUUCUCUUGCUCUAGCGGACUCACUUCUUGGUCUCGUCAUCAUGCCGUUUUCUUUAGCCAAUGAGGUGAUGGGAUACUGGUAUUUCGGUCCAGUCUGGUGCGACAUGUGGAAGACCAUUGACGUCUUUCUGUGCACGGCGUCUAUAUUAAAUAUUUGCCUUAUCAGCAUCGACCGCUACUUCUGCAUCACACGCGCCCUUACCUACACUCAUUUUAGAACGCCGGCACGAGCUGUUCUUAUGAUGGCCUCGGUCUGGGUUCUAUCUACUGUCAUUUGUGUUCCUCCUUUGAUUGGCUGGAAAAAUCCGCUAAAAGUAACAGAGUAUCCUCUAUGCCUACUUAGUACGGAGACAGGAUACAUAAUAUAUUCUGCGAUGGGAUCUUUUUAUAUCCCUGCAGUCAUCAUGGUCAUGGUGUAUUUCCAAAUUUAUCGAAAGGCGAAAUUGAGAGCUAGGCGGGGAAAUAAGAGGGACCCUAAAAAGAAAGAGCAGAAAAAGAAAGCUGUCAAAAAAGAAAAGGAGGCUGACAAACAGGAGUUGAAACCAAUGAUGAGUCCUAUUGAGACAGUCCGACCGGAUACACGGACGAUUAUGGACUGUGCUACGGCUCACUCUGAUGACGAAAGCACGUGGCCAAUGUAUGAUAAACCAAUCCCAGUGACUGAUGACGCCGGAAAAGACCAAACUAACAAUGGUGACGGAUCAAAUCCGGACGAAAUGACAAAAUUAAUUCCGGCUAAUAGCUCGGUCGAAAAUGACAACAAAUCCGGUAAUGAUUCGAAAUGUGUUGAGGACAAUAGCGUAGCUGUAAACGGAGCUGCCAUUAAGCAGGGAAACGAGAAAGUUGUUUCUGUUACUACAACCGACAACGGUGAAACGCGCACAGAGGUUUGUAAACCACCUGCUCAGGAAAAUAAAGCCAGAAAACUUAGUAAUCCGACCAAGAAAGAUCCGGUGAAACAAGAAAAUGAUGUUAUGGGUGAAUUAGAAAAACAAAAAAAGAAAUUAGCGAAAGCACGAGAAAGGCGUGCGACUAUUGUAUUGGGACUUGUGAUGGCGGCUUUCGUAUUGUGCUGGUUUCCAUUCUUCACACUCUACAUUAUAUCCUCACUGUGUGAGUAUUGUAUUCCUGUUGUAGUGUUCAACGUAUUUUUCUGGGCUGGGUACUGUAACUCCGCCCUCAACCCUAUAAUAUACACUGUGUUCAACAGGGAGUUUCGCAACGCCUUUCACAAGAUUGUGUUCAAGAAUGAAUUGUGCAGACGGAGAUGAGCAAUCUACUUUAAUACUCUAGCUUCAUAUGAAAUUAGAGAAUGCUCUUCUGUGUACGAAACAAUCGAAUAGUUUAUGUGAGGAUAUUAAUGAUGAACUGAGAGUUAUCUGCAUACAACGACAGGUAUCAACGUUAGUUAUGUACUGUAAAUCACUUAUAUUUCACAUAGGACUUAUUUUCGCGAGGCAGUUCAAUCGCAAAUUCAAAUCCUUUGCCAAAAACAAAAACAAACAAAAAACAAAGAAAAACAAAAAAUAAAACAAUAAAAAAUUUUGAGAGCGGCCAAACUAUUAGCGGUUACCGAUAAAGGAAUCAUGUUGAUUCACUGAGUCUAAAAUCUCAUCAUUUGGGAAUUUAACAUUUUAAAGUCUCUUCUAGAUCGGCGUUCGCGAAAUAAAGUAUUCGCGAAAUCUAAGUGCUUUACAGUACGUAUCGGUCAAGAUUCAUAACCUACCAAUGUAUAAUAUAUAACCCUUGUACAAUGUAACACGACCAUUUGUAAAAUAUUUGGCGAAAGGAAGCAUAUCUACUAGCUAAAUGUGAAAAGCAAACACAACCUCUAUUUAUCAGAGCGCAUGAUUAAUUGAACAUAAAUCACUGCUAGGGAUCGAACCUGGGACCUCUGACUUACUAGUCUAAUACAUUCAACCGAUCGAGCUAAAGAGAAGAUCUCUCAAGUCGAGCGGUAUAUUGCAAUUAGUAUUUACCAGGGUAACAUAUACGUCUAUUUGUUUGUUUGUUUUUUUCUGAAUCAUGAUAUUAACAACUAUAAAUAAUGCUUUGUUAAACAUGACAGCAACGUGAUAUGAUUAUUUCAUAUGUAUGUUUAUUUUACAGAUGUUUGUACACUUAAUUGGUUUACCUACCAAAUUUUGUUCGUGUCUUCAAUUUUGUAUACGUAGAAAAUCCAAAAUGCUCCCCUUAAAAAUGUUUACCCUUUGGUUUGUCACCUUAGUUGUCAUUACACUUCAGAAGACGGUAGUUUUGGGAAGCUUGUUUUUCAUAGAUUGGGGCUUAUGAUGAAACCUAGCCUAACGAAGAGGUAACCAUACCUUUUAACCAUAUAAGCCGACGACUAUUUGUAACCCAAGUGAAGUUUUGCGGUGCGCAUACUUCUGAUAUGGUAAUUUCUAUGGGGUAAACUUAUGAUAUUAUUUGAGUAAAUAUUAAAUGCUUAGCCAACAA